AUGCUGACCGUCCUGCUUGGCGUGUGUUUGGUCAUAGUGUCAGUCGCCAUGCUUCUACAGGCCACUGCCAGGCGAAGGAGACCAGGUGAACCUCCGUUGGAGCGAGGUCCGCUUCCGUACCUGGGCGUCGCCCUGGAGUUCUCCCAGAAUCCCCUGGGCUUCAUCACCUCCCGGUGGAAGAAGUAUGGCGACGUCUUCACCGUGCGGCUGGCCGGACACUACACAACAUUCGUACUGGAUCCGCACUCUCUCACACAUGCUAUCAGGAACAGUAGGGUUCUGGACUUUCGACUGUUUUCGUUGGAGUUGGGUAGCCGCGCUUUCGGCACGACGAACCUCUACGGCACGUCACGUGACUGGAUCCGAGUCGACAGCGAUGCGCUAUACCACAAGGAACUACAAGGGCAAAAUCUGGAUAAAGUUACAGACGUGAUGAUGGGUAACCUCCAGUCUGCCAUGUUAGCCGCCACGGACGUGCAGCAGGAGUGGAACAGAGGAGAGCUGUGGGCUUUUGUCUACAGGAUCAUGUUCAGCGCAUCUUUCAAUACGCUGUUCGGGAGACACUUGGAGGACAGAGAUGAGACGGCCAGACUGGUCCACUCCAUGCAGGAGUUUCAGAAGUACGACAAACGGUUCCCAGAGAUCAUUUCGAACGUGCCGUGGUGGCUUCUGGGACACACCAGGAAACAUUAUGAAUAUCUGAAGUCCAUGGUGACUCCGGCCGAGCUCUGUCAGCGGGGCGUAUCUGAGUUUAUUCGGCUGCGGCAGGAGAUCUACACCGACGGGAACCUGUCUGCUGACGAGAAGGCGGCCCUGAACUUCGGAACCAUGUGGGCUUCGUUGAGUAACACGGUCCCCGCCGCCUUCUGGACCCUGUACCACCUGCUGAAGGAUCCGGUCGCCAUGGCCGCCGUCAGGGCCGAGGUAGACCAGCUUUUAAAGGAGACCGGGCAGAGCUUGGAAAAUGUGAAGGAGGGCGGCAAGAUCAUCCACGUGACCAGACAGCAGUUGAACGACAUGAGAUGCCUCGGUAGUGCCAUCAACGAGGCAUUGCGCAUGUGCAGUGCUUCUAUCAUCAUCCGCGUGGCUACAGAAGACGCCGAGCUGGCCCUGGAGUCCGGCAGUACCUUCCGCAUCCGCAAGGGGGACAGGGUGGGACUGUUUCCUGGGUUUCUGCACAUGGACCCUGAAGUGUACGACGAUCCCGAGACCUUUAAGUACGACCGUUUUCUUGAGGACGGUGAGGAGAAGACCGGGUUCUACAAGAACGGCCGGAAGUUACGUCACUACCUGCUGCCCUUCGGCCAUGGUGUCAGCAUGUGUCCGGGUCGGUUCUUCGCGCUGAACGAGAUCAAACAGUUCAUCACCAUCGUGGUCUGCUACUUCCACAUGGAGUUACUGGAGAAACAGACCCCGGCCAUGGACCAGUCACGGGCGGGACUGGGCACUCUGGCACCUCUGAAGGAUUGCCUGUUCCGCUAUAGGCUCAAGUAGCGCCUGUUACUAGUAUAUAUAUCCAGA